AUGUUAUCAGCUGAAGAUGAUCCUUUGACAACUUCUGUCAUCUCCUCCUUCGGGCCCAACAGCUCACCCAGAGCGCGGGAGAUUCUGACGGGGCUGAUCCGAUAUCUCCAUGCAUUUUGUCGCGAGGUAAAUCUCACUACAGAAGAGCUCUACCUCGCCAUUGAAGCGUUGAAUCGGUCUGGUCAGAUGAGCAACGCUGAAAGGAAUGAGACUUUAUUGAUCUCAGACUGUCUUGGCGUGGAAGCACUGGUUGAUGCCCAAACACAGAAGAUGCUCGAGCAAGAUAACGGAACCAACUCUUGCAUUCUCGGCCCAUUCUAUGUCGCUGACCCUCCUCAAUAUGCCAAUGGGGAUAGCAUUAUCCAGAAAUACCUUGGCGGAGAAGUGACUUACUUCCAUGGCCGAAUCUUGGAUGCCGAUACUAAUAAACCUGUAGAAGGUGCUUCUCUGAACGUCUGGGAGUGUGCAGUCAAUGGACUUUAUGAUCAGCAGGAUCCCAAUCAGCCAUCCGGAAACAUGCGCGGCAUGUUCACCUCCGAUGCAGAAGGCAAAUACGCUUUUUACUGCAUUAAGCCAGUUCCUUAUCCCGUUCCGUACGACGGCCCUGCUGGGGAUACUCUCAAGCUCAUGGAUCGCCACCCCUACAGGGCUGGUCACAUCCACUUCAUGGUGACCAGGGACUCUUACAACCGUCUGAUUACACAGGUAUUUCCUGAGGACGACACUUAUCUCGACUCUGACUCGGUGUAUGCCGUCAAGUCAGAUUUGCUGUUGAAGUUCAAACCUUAUAACUGCGGCUCACUGAAGAGGACUGGAGGCAACGAUGUCGAUGUGAAGUGGGAAGUCAACUGGGAUUUCAAAAUCAAGCAACAGAAAGAUUAA